AGAACUAGAACCACUAGAACUGCUAGAACCGCUAGAACCAUGUGAUUGUUGUUGUGUGUGUACGGUGUACGGUGGCAUAGGUAUGGGUGAUAUCUGUUGCUUUUUACGACGGUUUGUGAAAGCGCAGUCUACCUAUGUGUCUCUGCGAAGACAUUUUUCCCUCUGCAGUCAUGACAAAGCGAAGCCUGGCGUCUUUUUACAUAAGCUUCUCGACAAAUCAAAGAAACGACACCCGCAGCAGUAUUUAUACGUGCUGCCCAACUCUGCUGUGCCAUCAACACCCAAAAAGGUGCAGGAGCGCACUAGGAGGCAGCGAGUGCUGAACACUGUGUUCAUGGAGAGUCUGUCAAAUAUUAUGGUUACGGGGACCAUAAGUGAAGAACUGAAAGGUUUUGCCAUUGAACUUACACAGGUUCGUGUAUCUUCUGACUGUACCCACUUGAAUGUGUAUUGGGUUACUGCACUUAAGGAGCCUGGUGUGGAUGAAAAGGUUGCCGAAAUUCUCCAUUCAAAUGCUGGCUAUCUUAAGUCAGAAUUGAUCAAGAAUGGUUUUAUUGGCAAGGCACCAAAAAUUACUUUUGUGAAAGAUGUUACCUAUGGAAGAGCUUCCGAGGUGGAGGCCCUUAUUGACAAAGUUUGUGCUGAUUUGCCACUUGAUUUGGACAAUCCUGCUCUUGCAGAUCAGGAAGCUUCCAGUGAUGAAGAGAGAAGCACUGUAGACAGCUCACAAACUGGGCCCUACGUUCCUCCUGAAAUGAAGAUGGAUGUUUAUGGAUUGGACCGUGCAGCCCUCAUGAGGCAGGUCCUGCUAAAGAGCAGAGGGCAGAGUAGAACUCCUUUAGAGGAACUGGCUCCCCUUAAGCCUGGUACCCUUCACUCGGAGGAAGCGCAGGCCAGAAUGAUGAACCUUGCGGAAUACGUGCGACAGAGGAAGCGAAAGAGUAAUUUGCAGACGAAGGCUGAGAGAGAGGCACAGAGGAACUUGCAAAGUGUGCAACUGAGUCCAUACGAGGAGCAUUUGUCGUCUGCCACACCAGACCCACUGGUGGAGCCUGAAGACACGUAUGACGAAGAUGAGCACUGCAAUGUGUCAUUUUUAAAAGAGGAUUAAAAUACUUAAAAAGGAAA